UUGUGCUAUAAAAGGACAGGAUUAACAUGAGAACCAGUGUAAACCAUCCAUCAUUCUUUAUAAACAGGCAUGAAUGACUGGAAAAAUAUUUCUUAAGAGCUCAGUAAUAACAAAUAGUAGCAUGGUGUAAUUUUAAUGAGAUGAAAUGAACUGUACUCACUAAAAUGGGGCAUCAGGAUGGGAUUAGCAAGCAGCAGUGUAGAUUGAAUCAUGCAUUAAGGCAUCUUAAGCAGGCUUUUGAAGCUCUGCCAAGCAGAAGACAAAUGAAUGACCUUUCUUUGGUGCCCAUGGCUUCAAAGCCUCUCAUCGUCUUGCCAUCUUUUGCUAUCUUGACCUCAAUAGAACUCACACGUGGCCAGAAGGUAGUUGUAGCCUGCACCUGCGCAGGAGUGGUCGCUGUGGGCAUUGCAGCUCGCUACCUCAGAAGAAGACGGAAAAUCUGUCCUACCAAAUCCUCCUUGCUACGCCAUGACAGUAGCAGGGCUGCUCGCCGACAUAAACCUCUCACCAUCCUCAGCCCCUCUGGAGAGGUCCACUCCCUUGGUGCGGGUUCAAGUUCCUCGCCUGGAUGGAACCGCAGCACAGCACGGCAGAGCGGCAGUAGCGUGUGUGGGGACAGCAUCACUUCAUCUGGCCAUCACAGCCUCAGGCCCGACACCACGCCUCAGCAACUGGGUGCUCUUGGCAUGGAGGCACUAAACACAGCCCUAGGAUGCUUCGAAGACGCACUCGAUGGUUACUCACGCUCCUCACACAACCACACCCUCGCCCUCACAACACAUGAUGAGGCUGAGUUCAUACAGAGUCUGCAGGCUGUCAUAGACGAUGCAUAUAGUCUGCAGGACCGCUGUGAACAUCUCUUCCUUCACGAGCACUCUGUGCUGUUCCGGUGCCCCAGCAGCCCCGACCGCGACGCUUCACACGCCUCAGGCGGCGGCCACUCAGGGGCGCGGCGGACGCUGACGUCGGCGUCGUCCAUGGAGAGCUUCGUGUCUGCCCAGGGCGACAUCGCAGACCUGCGGGACCUGGAUGACUUUGAUGAGUCGCAGUUCCCCCUGUACCUCGUGGCCGUCAGACUCAACGAAUCCGUGGGCAUCCCAUUCAGGGAGCUGAGGACGGAGGAGGUGCAGUGCGCUAGCGACGCAGAGUACGUGUGUAAGGUACACUGCAUCAGGCUGGCGUCGCAGCUCCUCUUCAGCAAGCAGGAGAACAAGGACUGGUUCAUCGAGUCUGGCCGCCACAUCAUCGCUGAUCUCAUGAUCAAGGCAGGCAAGGACCCCAAAGAAGCGGUGAUGGCGUACGACGCGAUGCUCGAGUACCUCGACUCUUGCGACUGGGGGCUACUGGAGGAGGAGUUGCGAGGUCGAGGCGUCGUGGCGAUCACCUUUUACGACGUGGUGCUAGACUUCAUUCUUCUCGACGCCUUCGAGGACCUGGACAAGCCUCCCUCCUCCGUCACCGCCGUCGUGCAGAACAGGUGGCUCUCCAACAGCUUCAAGGAGUCCGCGCUGUCCACAGCAGUAUGGUCCAUACUUAAGGCGAAGCGGCGCAUGCUGAAACACCAGGACGGCUUCAUCGCUCACUUCUACGACAUCACGGAACACAUUUCGCCCGUGCUGGCGCUGGGCUUCCUCGGACCUGAUGAAGAACUCAAGCAGGUCUGCACCUACUUCAAGGAGCAGAUCAUGUCGCUGCUGUACGACAUGUUCAGUUUCACCAGCGCCCGCUACACAUCUGUGGAGGAACUGGCCUGCGACCUGCUGCGCAUGACGCAUGAACGCUUCACGCUCAUCAGCAAACACAUGGCGCUCACAUGAGCGUAUGCCGUGCUUCCUCUAGUCACUUCGUCCUGUUGUUAACUUUCAUUAUUUCACAUGGAAGUUACCAAGUAGAAUAUGAUACUUAAGUUAUACUCGACCAUGAUACUCAACUUCUACUCGAAAUUUGUUCAUACCUGUACAUCUUGGUUAGUGGGAGUGAUGGACGUAUUCCUAAGCCUAUCAUCAGAGUAGCAAGCAGUUGCCAUCAUAAUUUAAAUUUUCUUCUCAACGAGUAAUGAUUUAGAACAUAAUAGUCAUGUUAAAGCGUAAUCAAAGUUACUAUUAAGGGAUGCUUGCAUUUGGAGUGCUACAGGCUGGGCCUGUAGCUGUUUUAAUGAUGGACUCUCAUAUCACACAAAAUAGUUUUAUCAAUGCCGAUAGCCAAGCAUAAGGAUUAGCUUCCUUAUCAUUGUGUUUUAUACCAGAGUUGUGGAUGAUUAGUUCGUGUUGUCAGCUAACUUCAGCCAUGGCUGUGGUGCGAGCUCAAGUGUUUACAAAUACUUAUAUUUAUUGUGCAGCUACUUUUGUCGAGCGCAAAUGGAGAAUAAUGUUCACAAAAAUGUGUGGCAAUUUUUACUCAGAACAUGAGUGCGUCGCUAUACAAUUUAAAUGCCAAAGUUCCUCAUUCAGGGAUUGCAUAAUCUAAGUCGACGUAGGUAUCAAACCGGAAUUUAAGCAUUGAUUCCGGAUUAGCAUGAGGGUUCUAUCCGCUCGUGAAAAUCUUUAUAAACGAGAUCAGCAAUAUAGUGAUAUUUCUCAUUACCAUCUCUAAUAAUUUUCUACUCUCGUUUAUGUUACAAUGAGAGCCGGUAAUUUGCCUUACAGUUUCUCUAAAUCUAAGUGAAGACAACCGCAGCUAAAGCUAAAUGAUGUGCACAUUUGUGUAAACGUCGAAACUAAAAUUGUCUUCUGAGAUUCUUGCGACAAUUGGUAUAUAAAUGACAUUGACUUUUAAGGUGACAAAUUGUCUUUAAGGUCGUUCCGAAUGGAAAAUUUUGUGACCAACUAAAAAUUUUUUGCAAAAGUCUUUCAUUAUAGUUUUUAGCGUGCGGCCCGAUCGAUGUCUCCACUGAGCGUAACUGCAUGUGGUGUUUUUUAGCUUGCAUUUUUUGAUUAAUUCCUAAAUUAGAGCCCUGAUACCUGAGGUAGGAGCUGAUUCAUAUGUUGAGAUUUGAUUACAAAUGAGCGGACACAAAUAGCUUGGCGCUCCAGCGUGGCCUGGGACUGCUACUACGUCCUAAAUAAACACCAAGGUUGCACAUCAUCACGUCACUGCCAUCGCUGCCUGUGCUCUUGGCCGCGGUAACAUUAGUGAACCGGAAGAAUUUAUAUAAUAGGAAUUUAUGCCAUCCCACUAAGUGAAAUUCUCAUUGAAUCAAUACAAUGAUUCAAUGAGAAAGUGUAAUUUUUUUGUGUUCCUGCAUUGAACAAAGCAAAACUUGCUUCUAAUAUCAACGUACUUUUAAAUUAUUCACUGCCCAAAAUUAAUGCUUAUUUUGAUCUCAGUGUAACCUUAAUCUGAAGGUCAGUGUUGACUUUAUGUACACCAUUUAUUAUUUUUAAAUGUACUCGAGAAAUGAGCGUUGUGAUCUUAUUAUAAUUGUAUUCAUGAAAUGGAUUCGUGGUGACUCAUGGUGGAGCUUCAUUUCCAUGAUUGCUUCCAUUGAACGCAACAUUAUUUUGCAUAUGAACCACAUUUUGUUGCAUUUGCUACUUGGUGUUGUGUCGAUGUCUGCGCUUGAGCUUUAGUUGCAGAAUAAGGAACUGUGAUACUCGUGUGUUCUCAGGCUUGUGAUGCAUUCCUGUGUACUUUUUGGGAGGCUUUGCCGUGACGUAAACGAUUGUGUUUUAUCAGUGAAAUACGUGUAUUCUUUAAUUGAGUGUCGAGAAUUUAAAGCGAUCUGAACAAUACAAACAUUUAUGAUAGAAAACACUUUCAAUAGGUACCUCUUCUCUUCAUUCUCUAUUAUUUUGACCGUGGUAAAUUAUCACUCUAGUUUCAUGGUCGUCCACGAAUUAUUCUUAUCCUGAGUUAAUUUUAUCAUGUUCCUUUAUAAUUGUUUCUGUUGCUUCCCGUCUUUCGGAGGAUCUUCUUAUUUUUAUACUUCACUGAAAUUUACAUCAGGGCUUGCCACCAACUCCUGCACUCAUACUUGGAAACCAUAAUGUAGGCAGGGCAGUUGUGUAUGCAGCCUAAGGCAAGUCAGGUGUUUGAAGCUUGGAAAGACUAGACGUUUCUUCACGCACUUCUGGGAGCCACGCUUAUGGUUGAUUGAUACGUAUGCUUUGAAGAUGCUACCUCGUACGUAUUUCAAGGAUGUGACUUUUAUUUGUUGUUCCCUCAUCGAAGGAUAUCGUGUAAAUAGAUUGUUGAAUACAU